AUGAAUGACGGCUAUUUCGCAGAAAAUCUCAAAAUACUAUCGCUGGGAAGAAAUUACAUCAAGAGCCUUUCCGGCUUGGAACACGUGGCGGAAACAUUGGAAGAACUCUGGAUCUCGUACAACCAGGUGGAAAAACUCAAAGGAAUAGGAACCCUGAAAAAUCUGAGAGUAUUGUACAUGUCCAACAAUCUCGUGAAGGAUUGGGCUGAGUUUGACCGGUUGAAGGAUAUUCCAAAAUUGGAGGAUCUGGUUUUUGAAAAUAACCCAUUGCAACAACGCUACAACUCAUGGAGAGACUGGUGUCUGCAAGGCGUCUUACCAAGACUCCCGAACCUCUUCAAACUCGAAGGGAAGCCAACAGUUGAAGCCAAGACCAGCCAGGAUGACGAUGACAAAGACAAGGAUUACAUGCGCGACAAGAAUGCUCUCACGGAUGAUGAUCAGAGCAGUUCCGAAAUCCUCUCCCCUAGUCCAACUCGCAUCAACCAUCCCGAGAACAGCGACGAAGAAAUCGAUCAUAAUUGA